AUGGACAGUACAGGGCAUCCGGCUGCUCCGUCCCGCCCGCCGGGCCCUCCGCGCCGCCCAUUGCGGAAUAUCAACUUCGACGCCCUUCAUCCCACCGAAUUUCAGACGGACAUGCAGUUCUUGACGGCCAACUUGAACUGGGUGACCUUGCCCUGCGGUUUCGCCAGUCCGCGCUGGCCCCAGUCCUUCGUUCCUAACUGGGUCGUCGAGGCGCUGAAACUGCCGAUCGUCUCCAUACCCCCGGAAGACGUGCGAACGUACCUGACGCCGCGAGGACGGAUCAGGAGCACGCGGUUUGCCGUCCUCUACGUCAGGGCUGUUCACCUGAACACGAACUUCAUGCUCGUGCCGCUCCCCAUCUUGGAGAGUGAAACCCACGGCAACUUGGGUGUGAGCAUGAUCAUCGGAAGGGGCUUGCUCGACAGCUACCUCAACUGCGGUGCCGGCGUACCCUAUCUUUUUUAA